CAUGCAUUUCCAAACAAAAUUUAUCGCUUUCAAAAUACCAUCUCAUGUCUACCCAGAAAAUUCUUCCAGCACUUCUCCUUUUGUUAUUAGGUUUAGGGAUAUGUUCUGCCAAAAGAUCACUCCUUACUCUUGAUGCACAUAUUUAUGGUGGUGUAAGUGGAGGAGGUGGAGGUGGCUCGGGUGGUGGUGGUGGUUCCGGAUAUGCAGCUGGAGGGGAACAUGGUGAUGCUGUUUAUGCAGGCGGUGCUGGUAGUGGAGAAGGUGGUGGUGCUGGCUAUGGUGGUGUAGCAGGAAUUGGCGGUGGGGGCGGAGGUGGUAGUGGCGGCGGCGGCGGUGCAGCCCAUGCAGGAGGAGCUAGUGGUGCUGGAUAUGGAGCUGGUAGUGGUGAAGGAGGUGGUGCUGGCUAUGGUGGUGCUGCAGGAAUUGGUGGAGGUGGUGGAAAAGGAGGUGGGGGUGGUGCUGCCUCUGCUGGAGGAGCUGGCGGUGCUGGAUAUGGAGCUGGUGGUGGUGAAGGAGGUGGCGCUGGUUAUGGUGGUGCUGGAGGGAUUGGUGGAGGUAGUGGUGGAGGCGGCGGAAAAGGAGGUGGGGGCGGUGCUGCCUCUGCUGGAGGAGCUGGCGGUGCUGGAUAUGGCAGUGGUGGUGGGGAAGGAGGUGGUGCUGGCUACGGAGGUGCUGGAAUAGCUGGAGGUAGUGGUGGAGGUGGGGGAAAAGGAGGUGGCGGCGGUGCUGCCUCUGCUGGAGGAGCUGGCGGUGCUGGAUAUGGCAGUGGUGGCGGCGAAGGCGGUGGUGCUGGUGGACAUACUAGUGGUGGCGGAGGAGGAAGUGGUGGUGGUGCUGGUGCUGGUUAUGCUGGAUCAGGUGCAGGUGGCUACGGUGGAGGUGAAGGAGCUGGUUCUGGUGGAGGCUAUGGUGCUGGUGGUGCAGGAGUUGGAGGUGGCGGGGGUGGUGGCAGUGGCGGAGGUGGUGGAGCCGGUUAUGCUGGAGGAGCCCAUGGAGGUGGAUACGGUAGUGGUGGAGGAGAAGGAGCAGGUCAUGGAGGUGGUGCAGGUAUUGGCGCAGGAGGUGGUGGAGGCGGUGGCUCUGGCGGUGGCGGUGGCGGUGGAUAUGGUGCACAUGGAGGUGGAUAUGGAGCGGGUGGUGGAAGCGGAGAGGGUGGUGGGCAUGGAGGUGGGUAUGCUCCUUAGAAGUAAAUUACUACGACGUUGUUAUUGUGUAGACGCAAAAUCCAUCCUGAAUAGUAUUGAUACAGAGAAGGUCAGUACAAAUAAGGGGAUGUGCUUAUAGCUUUAUAUGUCCUACGUGAAACCCAAAUGGUUGUUUCCGAUAAUUGUCUCCUUUCCUAAGUAAUAUGAAUCUCUCUAUUUAUGCUUUUGUGCAA